AUGGCUGAACCUAUAAAUGCCCUCAAUAACUUUGCUCAAAGCCGUCACCUUACAGUGUCUUAUACCGACACUCACACCGGAACACAACAUGCAGGUGUCUGGAUAUCCAUUGUAUACAUAAAUGGCGUUGAACAUGGAAGAGCCACUGGCAGCAACCGCAACGCUGCUCGAGCAGGCGCUGCACAGAUAGCUUUGAACGUUCUCGAAUUAGUGUAA